AUGGGAAUAGUUGAAGAAGCACACAACGUCAAGGUUUUAGGGACAGGGGAUCGGACCAUAGUUCUAGCUCAUGGAUUUGGGACAGACCAAUCGGUGUGGAAACAUCUGGUUCCUCAUCUAGUUGACGAUUACAAGGUUGUCUUGUUUGACAAUAUGGGUGCUGGAACUACCAACCCGGACUACUUUGACUUUGAAAGGUAUUCAACCUUAGAAGGCUAUGCGUAUGAUGUGAUUGCUAUUUUGGAAGAACUCCAAAUUCCUUGUUGCAUUUAUGUUGGACACUCUGUUUCUGCUAUGGUUGGUGCCAUCGCUUCUGUUGCCCGUCCCGAUCUCUUCACCAAACUUGUUACCCUCUCUGGUUCUCCUAGGUAUUUGAACGACGUGGACUAUUACGGAGGAUUCGAACAAGAAGAUCUGGAUCAACUGUUUGAAGCAAUGAGAUCAAAUUACAAGGCAUGGUGUUCUGGUUUUGCACCUUUAGCUGUAGGGGGUGACAUGGAUUCAGUGGCAGUACAAGAAUUCAGCAGGACAUUGUUCAAUAUGAGACCAGACAUAGCAUUAAGUGUGUUACAAAUCAUAUUCCAAAGUGAUUUAAGGCAUUUGUUGCCUCAUGUGACUGUUCCCUGUCAUAUAAUUCAAAGUAUGAAGGAUUUGGCUGUACCAGUGGUGGUUUCUGAAUACCUUCACCAGAACCUCGGCGGCGGAUCUAUCGUGGAGGUAAUGUCGACGGAUGGCCAUCUGCCGCAGCUGAGUUCACCUGAUGUUGUUAUUCCGGUGUUGCUUAGGCAUAUUCGUUAUGAUAUUGCCGUUGAUUGAUUAGUACUACGGUAGUAAGCAGUUACUUGGAAGUUGAAUUUAUUUGGGAUAUAUGUAUAAAGUUAUCUUGCUUUGCUAAAUGGAAUUCAUAGCAAAGCAAUCCCUAUGAUUGCAACUAUGCAAAUUUCAAAUUUCAAAUGAUGGAAAAGUGUCGAUCAAUAAAUCAAUUGGGUUUCUCUCCUA